UCAUUUAAUUUCCACUAUCUUUUUUUUUCAUAACCAAUAGUGUCUACCAAUCAUAACAACAAAAAGUUCCUUCAAUCCCAACAACUACAAUACAUUUCAUUUCUUUUUCUCUCCACCACAAUUUCCAUUUCAGGCGUAGAGUGAUAAAUCAAUAAUUGGAUGCAUGAUGGAGAAAAGUAACAAAUAUGAUUCUUCCGAAAAGAAGAUUGAUCCCGGAGUACCACCAUCGUUGAGUUGGCAACGACAAUUGAAUAGUAACGGAAAUGUACCUAAACCGUUCAGUCUAAGUUUUGGAGAAAUGAUGCAUAUGCUUCCGAUAGGGGUGCGACUAUGGCGUUACUCCAAGGAAGAGACGAGAAAUGGAAGAGUGCCAAUAUUUGAUUUUUCCAAAAAGCAUGAGAUUAGUGGUGAUCAUGGCGUUCCUUUAGGUGGCAUCGGGUCAGGAAGCAUUGGAAGAAGCUACAAAGGAGAGUUUCAAUCUUUCAAAGUGUUCCCAUUAGCAUGCGAGGAAUCCCCAAUUUUCGCUAAUCAAUUUUCAGUUUUUGUUUCUCGACCUAACGGUCAAAAGUUUUCUUCUGUCUUAUGUUCAACAAAGCCAGAGAUACCCAAGGAAACCACAGGCUCAGGCAUUGAAUCUUGGGAUUGGUCUCUCAAUGGCCAAAACACUACUUAUCAUGCCUUGUUUCCUCGGGCAUGGACCACUUACCAAGGUGAACCGGAUCCGGAACUCAAGAUUGUGUCUCGACAAAUCUCGCCUUUUAUUCCCCAUAAUUACAAAGAAAGUAGCUUUCCGGUAUCAGUGUUUACAUUCACACUAUCCAAUUCUGGAAGAACUUCAGCAGAUGUUACAUUGCUCUUCACUUGGGCUAAUUCUACUGGUGGGGUCUCCGGAUUUUCUGGACAGCACUUCAACACGAGGAUCAUGAAAGAACAUGGAGUGCAUACGGUAACUUUACACCACAAGACAGGGAAUGGGCAGCCACCUUUGACUUUCGCCAUCGCAGCGCAAGAAACUUCUGAUGUACAUGUAUCUGAGUGCCCUUGCUUCCUGAUUUCCGGUGAUUCCCAGGGUAUAACAGCAAAGAACAUGUGGGAUGAAAUCAAAAAGCAUGGUACAUUUGACCAGCUGAACUACAACAGAACUUCACCUUCAGAAGCAGGAUCAUGCAUUGGAUCAGCAAUAGCUGCAACUUUAACUAUUCCUCCAGACACUGUUCGUACUGUAAAUUUUUCAUUAGCAUGGGAUUGCCCAGAAGUAGGAUUUAGUGGAAGAACGUAUCACAGGCGCUAUACGAAAUUUUAUGGCACUCUAGGAAAUGCAGCUGCUGAUAUUGCACAUGAUGCUAUUCUAGAGCAUACUCAUUGGGAAUCCCAGAUAGAAGAAUGGCAAAGACCGAUUCUUGAAGACAAAAGGCUUCCUGAAUGGUAUCCUAUCACUCUCUUCAAUGAGCUCUAUUAUCUUAAUGCAGGAGGAACAGUUUGGACAGAUGGAUCACCUCCAUUGCAAAGUUUUGCAGCUAUUCAAGAGCAAAAGUUCUCUCUUGAUAGGUCAGAUUUCCAAACUGAAAGUAGCGAUGCUCACAAGAAUGAUACAGCUGUUGAAAUCCUAGAAAGGAUGGCAUCUAUAUAUGAGAAAAUGCAUACUCCAGAAACCUCAAAUUCUGCUUUCGGGACAUAUUUGCUCGGAACUGAUGAAGAAAAUAUUGGUCAAUUCUUAUAUCUUGAAGGUUCCGAAUACCUCAUGUGGAAUACCUAUGAUGUUCAUUUCUACUCAUCUUUUGCACUUCUUAUGCUAUUCCCAAAACUUGAACUCAGCAUACAAAGAGACUUUGCAGCAGCAGUAAUGUUACAUGAUACUACUAAGAUGCAAAUUAUGAGUGAUGGAAAGCGAGUUCCACGAAAGGUUCUUGGGGCUGUACCUCAUGAUAUUGGACUGAACAAUCCUUGGUUUGAAGUAAACGCAUAUAACCUUUUUAGUACAGCUAGGUGGAAGGACUUGAAUUCUAAAUUUAUUCUCCAGAUAUAUAGAGAUGUAGUUGCUACUGGUGAUACAAGUUUUGCAAAAGCAGUUUGGCCGUCCGUAUAUGUUGCAGUCGCUUACAUGGAUCAAUUCGACAAAGAUGGUGACGGUAUGAUUGAGAACGAAGGGUUCCCUGAUCAAACAUAUGAUGCAUGGUCUGUUACUGGUGUAAGUGCCUAUUGUGGUGGACUUUGGGUGGCAGCACUCCAAGCUGCUUCUGCCUUGGCAUGUGAAGUUGGUGAUGAUGCAUGUGCUAAGUACUUCUGGGUUAAGUAUGAGAAGGCAAGAGCUGUAUAUAGCACAUUAUGGAAUGGUUCCUACUUCAACUACGACAGCAGCGGUAAUAGCUCUAUUCAGGCUGAUCAAUUGGCUGGGCAAUGGUAUGCUAGAGCAUGCGGUCUUUCUUCAAUUGUUGAUGAGGAAAAAGCAAAGAAGGCCCUGGAAAAGAUUUACUCGUACAAUGUUGUAAAGGUGAAAGGUGGAACACGAGGAGCAGUAAACGGAAUGCUACCAGAUGGAAAAGUUGACAUGUCAGCAAUGCAAUCAAGAGAGAUAUGGGCAGGCGUUACAUAUGCUCUUGCUGCUUCUAUGAUUCAAGAACAAAUGCUGAAUAUGGCUUUUCAAACUGCAGCUGGUAUCUAUGAAGCUGCAUGGUCCCAACAAGGUCUCGGAUAUUCAUUUCAGAUUCCAGAAGGGUGGAAUACAGAUGAGCAGUACAGAUCUCUGUGUUACAUGAGACCAUUGGCAAUAUGGGGAAUGCAGUGGGCAUUAUCAAAGCCUAAACUCUUCAAACAAGAGAUGGAACUCGGCUCGGCCAUUGACGACAGUUUGUAUGCUUCUCAAAAUGCAGGAUUUUCCAAAGUUGUUCACCUUCUGAAAUUACCGGAGGACGAAGAUUCUAAAAGUUUUCUACAGACUGCUUAUGAGUUCACUUGCAGGAGAUUUCCAUUGUAACUUGUACAUCAAUCUAACUAUGAUAUUUCAGUGAUUGGUAUAUACAAAUGGUUCUUUUA